GGGCAUUGUAUAAGGGCAGCACCACGGGCCGGAUGACGGGGAUGAGCGGCGCUGUGAAAACAAAGAGCGAGUGUAAGAGCUUGUAUGUACGUCGAACUUCUUUCGCACCAUACGUAGCCAACCGCGCUUAAUCAGAGGUGCGGGGUAAGGACAACACAACCGGCUUGGUGGACACGUCUCGGGGUUGUGGAUCGUGUGGAGUAAGACUGGUUGAGCGUGCUCAGAGUGUCAUUGAAGACUGUUAAGGUGGCGCACCUCACCCGGCCACAACAGCCUCCUCCACCCCGAGCAUCAUCCCCCGCCACCCUCAACCACCCUCGCCCGACUCCUCGCCGAGCCACGGAGUCGAGUUCGAGCCGCGCGCCUCCCACUCGCCAGCCCCGAGCCAAGCCCCCCGCAGCCGCCUAUCGCGGCCGAGUGCCGCCGCCGCCUCCUCCCGACCCUCCCACGGGGAGCUGGGUCCCCGCCCCACGCCCCCAGCCCCACGCUCCCAGCUGCGCGGGGCCACGGCGAGGGAGAGGAGGAGGAGGAGAGAACGAGGGAGCCGAGGAGGAGCCGAGGGGGUUCCAGCGUGGCCGAUCUCGCGCGGUUGAGAGCUGUGUGCGUUCCCUGAUCCUUUAAACAGAGCAGAAACCAGCGGUGAAGAUGUGGCGCAGUCUCCAGUUUGUCAAUGGCACUGGUGGCCGGCGCCUUCUCUCCCAGCAAACGCGGCACCAGCCCGUGUUGGCGAUUCGCCGGGAAGAUGUCAACGUGUGGGAGAGGCGAGCGCCCCUGGCUCCCAAUCACGUGGAAAUGUUGACUGCCGCUGGCUAUACAGUGUUGGUACAACCUUCUAACCGCCGGGCCAUACAUGCCAAUGAUUAUGUGAAGGCUGGAGCCAUUCUGCAGGAGGACAUCUCGGACGCGACCUUGAUCCUGGGAGUAAAGAGGCCCCCGGAUGGCAAGCUGAUCCCUCACAAGACCUACGCUUUUUUCUCCCACACAAUCAAGGCGCAGGAGGCCAACAUGGGACUGCUGGAGGAGGUGGUUGCAAAGGGCAUCCGCUUGAUUGAUUACGAGAAGAUGGUGGACACCAAAGGAGUGCGUGUUGUGGCCUUCGGCAAGUGGGCUGGAUUCACAGGCAUGAUCAACAUCCUGCAUGGCCUGGGCCUGCGCCUGCUUGCUCUGGGACACCACACGCCCUUCAUCCACAUUGGCAUGGCGCACAACUACAGGAACAGCAACCAGGCCAUCCAGGCAGUGCGCGACGCCGGUUACGAGAUCGCGCUGGGGCUCAUGCCCAAAUCAAUCGGCCCCAUCACGUUCGUGUUCACCGGCACCGGCAACGUCUCUCGGGGAGCCCAGGAGAUCUUUAACGAGCUGCCGUUCGAGUACGUGGAGCCCUACGACCUGAAGCACGUGUCUCUCAAAGGAGAUUCACGCAAGGUGUAUGGAACAGUGCUGAGCCGACACCACCACCUGGUGCGCAAGACGGACGACAUCUACGAUGCCCAGGAGUACGACAUCUACCCAAAGCGCUACACCUCCCGCUUCAACCAGCAGAUUGCCCCGUACACGACGUGCCUGGUGAAUGGGAUCUACUGGGACCCGGACACCCCUCGGCUGCUCAGCAAGGAGGAUGCCCAGCGCCUCAUGACCCCCAUGCACCUGGCAGAGGGCUCCGAGGCGGACACCUUUGUCAAGGGCUGCCCCUACCUCCCGCACAGGUUCCUGGCCAUCUGUGACAUCUCAGCGGACCCCGGCGGCUCCAUUGAGUUCAUGACCGAGUGCACCACCAUCGACGCGCCCUUCUGCAUGUACGACGCUAACCAGAAUUUCCACCACAACAGUGUGAAUGAGGAUGGAAUCCUCAUCUGCUCCAUCGAUCAGCUGCCUGCACAGAUGCCCGUGGAGGCGACGGAGUACUUCGGAGACCGGCUAUAUCCGUACAUUUUCCAGAUGCUGGCUUCGGACGCUAACAAGCCCCUGGAAAACCAGACGGAAUUCUCUCCUGCAGUGCGAGAUGCUGUCAUUGCGUCAAACAACAAGCUGACACCUAAAUUUGAAUACAUAGAGAAGCUACGAGACAGCAGAGCGAGGGCGCGCAUCCUGAGCGUGGCUGCUAGCAAGCGCGUGCUGGUGCUGGGCUCAGGCUACGUGUCUGGCCCCGUCAUCGAUUACCUGACCCGAGACCCAGACAUCGCCGUCACUAUCGCGUCCAGCCCCGCGUGGCAGGUGAGGGAGAUCUCCGAGCGCUACCAAAACACCACGCCGGUAACCAUCGACGUCGGCAAGGAGCAGGAGAAGCUCUCUAGUCUCAUCAAAGACCAUCACCUCAUCAUCAGCCUCCUACCAUACACCAUGCACCCCAUGGUGGCUACGCACUGCAUCGAGCACUCGGUGAACAUGGUGACGGCCAGCUACACGUCUCCCGCCAUGAGGGACCUGGAGAGCAGUGCCCAGAAUGCAGGCAUCACGGUCGUCAAUGAGGUGGGGCUGGACCCUGGCAUCGACCACAUGCUGGCCAUGAAGUGCUUUGAUCAAGCCCGGGAGAUGGAUGGCCAGGUGGAGUCAUACGUGUCAUUCUGUGGGGGCCUCUCGGCACCAGAGUUCUCGGACAACCCUCUCCGCUAUAAGUUCAGCUGGAGCCCACGCGGGGUGCUGCUCACCUCCAUCAACCCCGCUCGCUUCCAAAGACACGGACAGGUGGUGGAGAUUCCAGCUGGAGGUUCGGUGCUGGAUGCGGUGGAGCCAAUCGACUUCAUGCCUGGCUUCAACCUCGAGGGAGUGCCCAACAGGGACAGCCUGAGCUACGUGAAGGACUACGGGGUGCACGACACUACCACGUUCUUCCGAGGCACCCUCCGCUACAAGGGCUAUUGCAGAGUGGCCAAGGCGUUUGUGCAGCUGGGGCUGAUCAGCACGGAGCCACAUGCGGCCCUGCAGCCCGGGGCUCCCGCUGUCACUUGGAGGCAAUUGAUGUGCUCCGUGCUGGGCGUGGACGAGGGAGGGGCGGCCCUGGAGGAAGCUGUGCUGGCUCGCCUGAGCGGCAACGAGCAGAGUCUGCGUGCCCUGCAGCAGUUGGGGCUGCUGGGAGCGCAGCAAGUGAGAGAGGCCCCCAGCCUCGUCGACGCCUUGGCCGCCCACCUGGAGGAGCGGCUUUCCUUUGGUCCUGAUGAGCGUGACCUGGUCAUCCUGAGGAACGAGGUGGUCGUGCGCCUGCCCACCGGCGUGCGCGAGAAGACGGUGGUGAACCUGGUGUCCUACGGAGACCGCGGCGGCUACUCGGCCAUGGCCAAGACCGUGGGCUACCCCUGCGCUAUCGCUGCCAAGAUGGUGCUCAGCGGAGAGAUCUGGGAGAAGGGCAUGGUGAUACCUCUAAAGCCUCACAUCUACCAACCCCUGCUGGAAAGAAUCCGUGCCGAGGGCAUCAUCUACUCUGACAGCACCACUGUCCAGUAGCGCCACCGAAAUCCCUCGCGUCACCACUCCCCCAGCGCCACCGUUCCCCCAGCGCCACCACUCCUAGCGCCACCGCACUCCGCCAGCACCAUUUCGCUUUUUCAACUAUUCAUUUUCCGAGUGUCAGCAACUCUUCCCAGUUAUGAGUUGUCUCUGCUGUGAAUGUUCUGCUCAUUUAAUGUUUUGUUUUUAUGACUUUACAGUCAUUUUGUAAACGCUAAAUAACGUUUUAUUUCUUCUCAAACAAUGGGACAGAGCUUAAAUCUAUUGAUGGCCCUGAGUCAGUUGAGGAAAUUCCAUAUCUCUCCCUGUGGUAGCAUGGAUUUUUCUCCGGGUCCACCGGUUUUCCCUCCACUUUUAGAAUCGAUGUAUUUGGCUGCUCGAAAUUUCCACAUUAUAAGCCACUUCGUUGAGCUAUCAUUUUGGCCAGGUCGCGCCUGAAAAAGAUCUACAUAGCUCAGUGGGCCUUACCUGGCAAGAUAAAAUAAAACAUAGUUUAAUAGUUUACAGCUUAGUUUCAUUUGUAUGUAUUAUUCCACUCGGGAUGCCAUUCCUUCUGGGAGAUGAAAGCUGCCUGUUAUGUUGCCGUGUAGCACUCGGUGAGUGGGGAGCAGACAGCCGAGCGAGCAGCGCGGGGAAGGUGAGGCAAGGAUCGAAUGCGAACCCCAGUGUGCGACGGGCGCAUUCAUAAAACUACCACUCUUGACUUUUAGUGGUAAUAAUUUUACUACUCCAGUGCAGUGAUAAGCUGAGUCGACCCCUAACUGGGAUUUCAACGUGCAGCCUUCCAAUCGCGAGUUAUACAUGCUAACCUAAGUAUGGGAUUAAUAUUGCACUAAGUUAAAUCCACAGGUCCACAGGAAGUAAUGCAUACAUUUCUGUACGAUGGACACACAAAGUCGAAUCAAAGGAAGCUCGCUCAAUUUAAAAUAGGUUCCUUCGGUGAAGUGCUUUUAAAGUUCUACACCAACACCCAUGCAAUGGGACCAAUACCCAUGCAAUGGGACCAAUAAUACACUUUCAUACCUUACCCUUCGAACAGCUUCAUGAAUUUGUGAACAUUUGGCCUUGUGGUUUUGCGGUAAUGUUAGUACAAAUAUGCAUACGUUUUCUUUGCAUUUAGUUUUUAAUACACAUUGCAUCGAGCGUCGUUACCAUAUCUUUUGGUCUUCAGAAGCAAUGGCAAACGUGCCAUGGUGCCUUUUUCCACCGGGGAGCAGUUUGUGUUUUGUCCACCGGUUGGACCAAUGAAGCCUGCCUGAGUAGGAAACGGUUUCGAAAUGCUGUAUUAACGCAUUGUUACAAUGGGCAGGAAUAUGCACGACUUCCUGGAUGACUGAAAAGGUCAGCCGUAGUCGUAUAACUGAAUGUGUGGAAAGUUGGCGCUAUAUAAUGAGCAGUAUAAUGCUUUGUAAACUUCACUGUCGUGCGGUUUCCCAUUACACAUGGAAGCAACAGCAAGCAUACCAAUAUUAUUCAUAAUAAAGGUUUGAUUAGAUCGCAGAAAUAUGAAUGUGUCGAAACCCUCCACCACCCGACACAGCCAAUUAGAGAUUUGUCACGUAAACAAAACAAAUAGUUACUACUUCAGCCCACCGGUGUAUUGGAUUUGUUGUGGAUUUACUCUCCAACACACCGGUGGGCUGAAGUAACUAUUUGGCGUCUUGUUUACAUGACAAAUCCCUUACUAAUUGACUAUUGGGUGGUGGAGGCUUUCAACAUAUUUAUACUUAUGCAAUCUAACCCAAAAACCUUUAUUAUUUAUAGUUUAAUAGCAUUUACAUGUGAAUAACUUAGCAUUUCCAACACUUUGAAAUCUGUAUCAUGUACGUAUUUCAUACAUAUAACCACGGACACGAGUGCUGUUUAUUUUCUAAUGCUUGAAGUGCAAUUUAACGCUUUGUGUAACCUGUUUUCUAUUGCUGUAACAAAUCACAUGUGAGCAGCACUAUUGGUUGUAAACUAUAGAAGCCAAAGUGUGAUACAAACACUGCGUGUACAUACAGGCCGUAACUGUCCAGUCGGGGAUCCUGUUAAUGUGGUGGGUACGAAAUCCAGUCCAGUACUCUCUUUAUCGGUCACACGUCUCCCCAUAUGCCGCAUGAUGACUGCAUCGAUGCAACAGAAUUACACAUUUACAAAAAUAAAAUAUAAAUUUGUCUGCCAUCGUUUCAGGUGUCUCAAUUUGAGGCACAACAAAUGCUGCCCGACUUGUCUUGCUGAAAUGCGGAACAUGUUAAUACCUGGAAUCGUUUCUUCAGAACAGUUUUAAUUACACAGAUUUGGGAAAUU